GUCAAAAUUUGGUUCUGAAUCAAACGAUCGAAACCCAGUUCUCUCAGAUCUCUGUUCGACCAUUCUCUGAUCCCUCUGGCUGAAAUCAAACCAUAAACAUUCGGCAAUCCGCUCGCGACAUUGAGUAUUCCCUUGCGAAUUCUUCAGUCUCAACAUGCCAGUAAAUGAAGAGCCCAUUCUAUCAAACAAUGGGACUUCAACUCUCCAGCUACCACUUUCCCAGCAAAAGCGCUUGUACUGGUGGCUCUUACUGGCUCUUAACAUAAUUUUUCUUCUUGUUGGUCAAGCUGCUGCUGUCCUUUUGGGAAGAUUUUAUUACGACAAAGGUGGAAAUAGUACAUGGAUGGCCACUCUUGUUCAAACAGCUGCUUUCCCUGUCCUUUUCAUUCCUUAUUUUUUCCUUCAAUCCUCGGAAGAAUCUUCAAAUGUGUUAAACCUGCCUUCCAUUAUUACCCUAUCACUAAUCUAUAUUGUCAUUGGAAGUCUCAUUGCUGGAGACAACAUGCUCUAUUCUGUUGGACUAUUAUAUCUAUCUGCCUCUACUUAUUCUCUCAUUUGCGCCACACAGUUAGCCUUCAACGCUAUUUCCUCUUACUUCAUCAAUCACCAAAAGUUCACUGCUUUAAUUUUUAAUUCUGUAGUUAUUCUUUCAUUAUCCGCUUCUCUCAUUGCAGUCAAUGAUAAUUCGAAUGAACCUUCAGGAGUCCCUAAGGGUAAAUAUAUCCUGGGGAUCGUAACCACUCUUUCAGCUUCUGCUAUGUACUCUGUUUUGCUUUCCCUCAUGCAGCUAACAUUCCAGAAGGUUCUAAAGAAGGAAACAUUUUCUGUGGUUUUGGAAAUGCAAAUUUAUACAUCAGUUGUGGCUACUUGUGUUUCCAUUGUAGGACUUUUCGCAAGCGGCGAAUGGAAGACUUUAAGGGGGGAAAUGGACGGUUUCACUACUGGAAAACUUUCUUACAUCAUGACUUUGGUUUGGACGGCUGUGGCAUGGCAACUUUGUUCUGUCGGUGUUGUAGGUUUGAUCUAUGUAGUCUCCUCUCUUUUCUCCAACGUUAUUAGUACUCUUUCCUUGGCCGUUACUCCUAUUGCAUCUCUUAUCGUCUUCCAAGACAAGAUGAAUAGUGUGAAAAUAAUUGCAAUGCUGAUGUCAUUUUGGGGUUUCGCUUCUUACAUAUAUCAGAACUAUCUUGAUGAUAUUAAGGCUAGGAAAACAAAAGCUGAUGCUAAUGAUGCCUCUACCAGUUCUUGUUGCUGAUAAUUUUGAUUGGCAGGUCGAGUCGAUCCAAAAGAUUGCGUAAGACCUUGUGUUAUAGAAUUUAUCGACUAUUCUUCUCUCAUUGUAAAUGCCUUCUCCCUUGGUUAUAUAGAUUCUACAUUUGAUAUGUUAUUUUUAUCGUCCCCUGCUGAAAGUUAUUUUCUUGGAGCGGAACAUGGAUAUAUGUUUGAAAUUCAAUAGAAUGCUUAUUUUUAAUGAGUGCUUAUUGUUUUGUGCC